AUGGCGUGUUCUGACAGUGCGGCAAUGUUGAUGAUUGUGGUUAUGCUAGCAGAUGUAUGUUCUGGCAAGACGGCGAGGCUGACUGGCAAAAAGCCACCUCAUAUUGUUUUCAUUGUUGCUGAUGACUUGGGCUGGAACGACGUGGGCUGGCACAACACAGAUAUGAUCACACCCAACCUCAACUGGCUGGCCAGCAGAGGAGUCAUCCUGGACUCCACCUACGCUCAGCCAUCGUGCACUCCGUCCAGAAAUAGUUUUAUGACCGGUUUUUUCCCAUAUCACACAGAACUACAAGACGUAAUAGAACCAAGCGUGCCUCUCUACCUUCCACUGAAGCAUGUCCUGCUACCACAAAGGUUAAAACAGCAAGGAUACGCCACGCACAUCGUUGGAAAAUGGCAUCUAGGGUUCUGCAAUAAGAAAUACACACCAACUGAGAGAGGGUUCGAUUCCUUCUUUGGGUUUUACACUGGAAGUGUGGAUCACUACUGGCAUGAGAAAACCGCAGAGAUCCAGACGCAGAUGUCAGCACAGCUCAGUCUGGACAGCCUCGGGUCCACGCUGAUCAACAGUCUUUUACGGGUUCGCACGUCAGGACAAGCAACAGGUCGCGACUUCCGGUUCAAUGACACAGUUUGGACGGAAGCCGAGGGGAUCUAUUCUACGACUCUCACCGCCGUCAUAAACUGUCAUCAAAAACUAAAAAAAAAAAAAAAUGCUUUUUGCCGCCAAAGCCAAGGAGAUCAUCAAAAAAAAAAACAACCUGAAAAACCGCUGUUUCUGUACUUGCCGAAAAAAACAAAAAAAAACUCGCCCCUGUCGGUUCCAGCAAAAUACCAAAGACUUUAUCGGCAUAUCAAAAGUAAAGAAAGGCGGAUAUAUUCAGGAAUGGUGACAGCGCUGGAUGAAGCGGUCGGAAAUAUUACAUCGGCGCUGUUUCAGUCACAGCUGAUAGACAACUUGCUGCUGGUGUUUACUUCUGAUAACGGCGGGCACCCCUACAUGGGAGGCAGCAACAGCCCACUUAGAGGUGGUAAAAACACCAUUUGGGAAGGCGGGACUCGAGUUCCGACAUUCGUCUAUAGUUCCACCUUGUUACGUAGGAGAGGAUACGCCAACAACAGGCUGUUCCAUGCUGUCGACUGGUACCCAACAAUUCUGGAGUUGGCUGGAGCCAAACCAGAGAAAGGAAUCGACGGGAGAAGCCAGUGGAAGAUGUUGAGCAAGGCAGGCGAAUCGUCCAGGAAGGAGUUCGUAUACAAUAUAGGACCCAACGGGGACGGUGCCAUCAGAGCUGGAGAUUACAAGCUGAUUACUGGACACCCAGGUUUCCACAACGAUUGGUACCCUACACCUGGAGCAGCCAAAAUAGCCAGACGGAGGUUUAAAGGUGGACGGUUUGAUCAAGUAAAACUCACAAAGUCCCCCUAUUUGCUUUUCAACAUUGAAGAAGACCCCGAGGAAAAGAUGGAUCUCUCUAUGGAAAAACCCGACAUCUUGCGAGAAAUGCUGAAGCUGUAUGAGAUCUACAACUCUACCAAGAUCCCACCACACACAGCAACGUAUGAUGCAGCCGCAGACCCCGCUCAUUUUAAUGGUUUCUGGAGUCCUGGGUGGUGUUAA